AUGGCACCCUCAAGUAGUUCUAUUUUACUCAUAAAGCUACUAUUACUACUUCAACUGAGGUCUGUACAUCUAUUGGGACAAGAACCACCUUCUAUUCUACCCAGUAAUGGUGUUCAACUGUACCUAGCUUAUGUGGACAGGGUAAUACCUAAUUACUCUAUGAUAUAUGCUAGCCAGUUUUAUGAUCAAGAUCAGAAUAAUGAUAUUGAAGAUAUCACUGAUGCUUUGUGGUCUGUCAUUGAAGCUUUUUCUAUAACAAAGCUCAAUUCUACAGCAGUGAGGGCUGAGUGGCGAUUUGUUUCUGGAGCUAGUCAUUAUACUGUCUAUUAUGAGUCAACCAGUAGCUCCUCAAGAAAGAAGAGACAAGUAGAGACAGGAAUGAGAGUAUUCCCAGGUGGUACUACUGAAGGUUUAAUAGGAGGAUUAGAUCCUAAUCUGAACUACUUGUUCUCUAUAUCUACAUCAUUUAAUGUUAAUGGAAUUAUUUAUGAAGGAGAGAGGACUCAACCAGUACCACCAGUAUCAAGCACUUCAAUGGUAUCAACUGUAAAGCAGACAUUAACUGUAUUGCAAACUUCAAUUUUAUUGCAAACAUCAUUUGUCUUACAGACAUCAACUGUAAUGGUAACUUCAGGUACUCCACCAGUCAAUGUUACAGGAACAUCAACAACAUUGUUGACAUCAUCAUCAUCAUCAGUGUCAUUAAGUAAAAGCAAGAGUAGCAACACUACAUCAGCUGUUCAUGUUUGUGCUACUGUGACAACUACUGUUAAUGAAGGGAAUAUUACUGUAUGGAUAGUUGGUGUAACAGUAUCAGCAUCACUAUUGGCUGUAGCUAUAAUAGUGAUAUUAAUACAGGCUAUGUACAUAAAAAGAACUAAUAUUAAUCAAAAGAGAAAAUCAGAUAAUGACAUUGUAAUGGAGUGCAGUCCAGCUUAUGCUACAACUGAAUUUAAAACAAAUACUGCCAAUGAUGUAUCAGUGAAGGAUAGUGCAACAUAUGAUACAGUACAACAAACACAAUCAACUGUUGAGCCAGUGUAUGAUACAACUAAUGAUGAAUGCAAGAGUUCCCUUCCACCACCUUCUACUUAAUAUGAAAUACCAACUGUGACUGAUUUAUAACUUAAUCAACUCUUUGCUAGUGACGUGUACAAAUUAUUUGUAUAGUUUGUUACAAAGUUUUAUACUCUUUGCUAGGUGUACCAUAUUGUAGUAUUUUAGUUGUAUUAUUUUCUAGAUGUGUGUGAAUGCUUGCAUUAUUUUAAUUGAUAG